UAACCGCUUCCAAAUGCAAAGAUUUGCUCGCAGGGCAGAGAUCAAGCAGAGAUUACGAGCACCCAAAGUGAAAAGUACGAGAGAUUCUCGGCUGCCGUCCAUAUCAACACUCUACAACGCCUCCUGCCAAAAUGCUUAUAUCUGGGGCUCGCUACAGAAUCUCAACAGGUCUGGAAGAAAGAGGCAAGGAUUUUUUCCCUCUUUUCUCCUGGUUUUCUGUUCACUCUCUAAAUAACGUUUGAACUUCCAGCCUCGAUCGCACUCCACUCCCCUCGCGGCUUGCAGACACAUUUAUUUUGGGCCAAUGAGCGGCUCUGCGCUUUUAUCCCGUGGAGAUAAGGCUCUCUCUCUCUCUUUCUCCCGCAAAACGAUCCAAUCAAUCCAGCAUUUGUGGCACACCAGGAAGGACCUCCUGAGCACUGUGGCACUCGUUUUCACUUCCUGGGGUGGAAAUGCAAUGCAUCGGACAAGCCUGCUCGACCUGCCCGGCUCCACACACUCACACAAGGCACGACGACGCAAAGCCAGCGCUAAAACGCUCCUGGAAAGAAAAGUCUCUGCUCGAUCCAGCGGAGAAGGCAAUGCAAAACGAUCAAACAAGGGAAUACACUGGAGAAGGCAAUGCGAAGCGAGCAAACGAGGGACAGCAACGAGGUGGAAAAGAAGAAGCAAACACGCCAAGCAAGCAACAAAAACAAGACCAAGUUGACAAGCUUACUCCGCGCUGGUCCAAAUGCCAGUGGAAGUUUUGGGAGCUUCUAGAGGAGUGGCCAAUGAAUUUUUGGACGAAGGAAAAAAAGACGAAACCAAUUCAACGAGAAGACCAUAAAACCCAGAACCUUUCGAAGGGAGACAAAAGGAAACGAAAACAAUGACAAAAAAACGAAAGCAAAGAAGCGAGUUGUGAGUGAAAUUGAUGGUGGUAAAAUAUUUCAAAGAUGCCCACAAGCGGCAUAUGCUUUCUAACUUCCUCUUGGAAGAUCGAAACCCUCCCUUUGCUUCUCCUGAGACCAAAGUUCUUCCAAAACAAAAAUAAGAAUUUGACGCUCUGCUAUGAUCGAUCCUUGAAGCUUGUGGCGUGGACCGGGAAGAGAUCCAAGAGCUCGGGCUCCCGCUGGAGAUGGUGGUGCUGGAACUGUUGGUGGUGCUGGAUCUCCUGGAACUGCUGGUGGUGGUGCUCGUAGACAAAGUGUUGAUUGGUGGCGGCGACGUGGUGGUGGUGGAGAUGGUGAGCGGCGGCCGCGGGGUGGUGGUGGAGGUGGUGAGGAUUUCCGAGCUGGAGAUGAGUCGCCACCACCGCUUGCGGCUGCUGCUGCUGCUGGGUAUGGAGAAUCAUACCGUGGUGGUGGAAUGGGAAGCGCUCGAAAACGCCGCCACCGUUGGCCGCUGGCGACGCCACGAUCCCGUUUGGCUGGUGGUGGACCGGCGGCGGCGGGGGUGGCGGCGGCGGUGGAGACUUGAGAUCAUCGCUGCAAUGCAAGCUCCGAUCGAAGCUCUGGCGGAGGAGCUCGGUGGGCGUGAGCGGCGGCUGCAAGUGGUGGUGCGGCCGCUGGGGAUUGCUCGUCUCGAACGAGGCCUCGGAGGAGAGCGGCGUGACGGGGCUGGGGAGGAGCCCGCCCGCGGCGGCGGCGGCGGUGUGCAGCGCGUCGCUGUAGACGAGCUUGGGCGACACGUCGGAGCCGCGGGGCGAGCAGCCGGUGCGCUUGAAGGGCGACCCGCGGUUGAUAUCCAGGUUGCGCAGGUUGUUCUGCUUGCGCUCGUGCAGCCGCGACAUGUGGCGCCGCAGCGGCAUGCCGCCGGCGGUACCGUGCGGUACCGCUCCCGGUCCCGCCGCCGACGUUGCUACCGCAUUGCCCGGCGGAUCCGCGGGCUGGGAAGCGAUUUGCUGCUGCUGCUGCUGCUGGUGCUGCUGGUGUUGGUGGUGGUUUUUGGAUCCGCCGGAUUGCCUCGCGGGGACGGUGACGGGCAUCUUGUCCUGGGCAUCCUCCGCGGCGCCCGUGUGCUUCUGGACGACCUCGCGGAACGUGAGAACGUCCGCCUGGAUGAAAGUGGUGGCGGCGAGCUGCUGCUUGAUGGCCUCCGCCUCGGCAGCCACCGGCGAGGCGGGCUUCUUCGCGGCCUGACAGGUACCGCCACUGGCAGCGCCGCCACCGUUGGCGGUGCUAGGCUCGGCCUCCGCCACUACGCCGCCGCCGCCGCCGAUACUCCGCGGGGGACUGCUGCUGCUGCUGCUGCUGCUGCUCGCGCGGCUGCUGAGGCGGCUGGGCGGCGGGCUGUUGAGAUCCAGCGCGGCGGCGGAGGACGGUGGUGGCGGAGGUGGUGGGGGAGGAGGAGGAUUCACGAGCGUGGAAUCGGAGGAGAAGCACUUGUUGUUGGUGGUGGUGGUGAUGGUGGCAGUGGUGGUGAUGGUGUUGGAGACGCCACCCAUUUUGAUCUCCUCCGCAUUCCACUGCCACCGAUUUCUCUUCCUUCGCUGCUCACCGGAGCAGCAUCACUGUAGAAUUCGUGGGGAUGGAG